AUGCAUUCGCUCCAGCACGGCGUCAACCUGUCCAGGCGGGCCUGCAGGGUCGCCGCGGUGCUCCUGGUCCUAGCGGGCGGCUGCUGCGGGCAGCCGAUGCCGCCCAACCAGGCCUCCAACAGCGACAGCCGCCCGCCCGCCAUCCUCGAGACCUCCGUAGACAUCAACAGCCUGCGCCACUCCAUACCGACGCCCGUCGUCCCCACGAGGAACGCCGCUUCCACGGAGACGCCGGCCGUCGAGAAGGUGGCGUCCACCGAGGCCCCCAAGCCGCUGAACAAGACGGUGACUAGGUACCCCGUCAUAUCCAUCUCUUUCCACCGGGUAGAGACGCCUUUCAUCAUCGGGUUAUGGAUUUUCUUUGCGAGUUUGGCGAAAAUUGGUUUCCACAUGGCUCCUAGGUUAAGCGAAAUAUUUCCAGAAUCGUGCCUACUAAUUUUCGUGGGAGUCGUCAUCGGUGUGAUCUUAGUCUACGUCACCGACACCGUCCACGUGUCCCCCCUCACACCGGACAUCUUUUUCUUCUACAUGCUUCCACCGAUCAUCCUGGACGCGGGCUACUUCAUGCCUAACAGGCUCUUCUUCGACCACCUCGGAACCAUCCUUCUAUUUGCCGUGGUCGGCACCAUUUUCAAUACUUUAACUAUAGGUGCUUCCUUAUGGGCAGUGGGACUGACGGGUCUGUUCUCCUGCGAAGCACCUCUCCUGGAGAUGUUUCUGUUCGGGUCCCUGAUAUCCGCUGUGGACCCGGUGGCUGUGCUAGCGGUAUUCGAGGAAAUACAAGUUAACGAGAUAUUGUACAUAGUGGUGUUCGGUGAGUCGUUGUUGAAUGAUGCGGUUACUGUUGUUUUAUACCACCUGUUCGAGUCUUACUCGGAAAUGGGUCUCGAUAACAUCCUCUACGUGGACAUGGUGUCCGGUCUGUUGAACUUCUUUGUGGUCGCUUUUGGUGGUACUGUGAUAGGAGUGAUCUGGGGCAUUGGCACUGCCCUCGUGACUAGAUUUACGAAUGAAGUGCGCGUGAUCGAACCUAUUUUUAUAUUCGUGAUGGCCUAUCUGGCGUAUCUGAACGCCGAAAUUUUUCACAUGUCAGGAAUAUUAGCAAUUACAUUUUGUGGGAUAACCAUGAAGAACUACGUGGAGGCUAAUAUAUCGACCAAGUCUCACACCACAAUAAAGUAUGCCAUGAAGAUGAUGAGCAGCUCGUCAGAAACCAUCAUAUUUAUGUUUCUGGGAGUCGAGACAGUCAACAAGAUCCACGACUGGAACGCGUGGUUCGUUAUACUAACCAUUAUCUUUUGCUCAGUGUACAGAGUUAUAGGCGUUAUAAUAUUUACAGCGAUAGCGAACCACUUCAGGCUCAACCAGUUGAGCACAGUGGAAAAGUUCGUGAUGUCAUACGGAGGCCUAAGGGGCGCCGUAGCCUUCGCCCUAGUACUUCUCAUCGACCCCAAGAAAGUGGAACUACAACCUAUGUUCAUGACUACCACCAUCGCAGUGAUCUACUUCACCGUGUUCUUCCAGGGCAUCACGAUAAAGCCGCUGGUGAAGAUACUCAACGUCAAGACCGCAGAGAAGAGGAAGCCCACGAUGAACGAGAGGAUACACGAGAGACUACUGGAUCAUACCAUGUCCGCCAUGGAGGACAUUCUAGGUCAACAUGGAAAUUACCAUAUGCGAGAUAGGUUCAAACGUUUCGACAACAGCUUCAUCCGCCCCUACCUGUUGCGCAACCACCAGGGCGCCGAACCGAAGAUCCUGGAGACAUACUCCAAGCUGGCCAUGAGGGACGCCAUGGAGUAUAUGCGCAGGAACGCCUCCACCAUAGGCAACAUCUCCGGUACGGAGAGUAUGUCGGCCAUCUUCAGGAAUUACACGGCGGGUAACCUCAAUGGAAGUUCUAGUUUUAGUCAAUUGGACUCAAGUACCUGGAACAUUGAUAUGCAGGAGCUGGAGUACAAUCCAUCGAAAAAGGAUUUAACGGAUGCCAAGAUUCAUCACUUGCUGGCAGAGGAGCUAGUAAAGCCUUAUAGACGGCACCGGAAGUUCAGUUACAGCAGACACGCGGUCAACGAUCGCGACCUGUCAACCCAAGUCAAUUAUCGAAUGCACUACAACAUGAGGAGGCUGGUGGCGGACAAAAAACACCACCACAAGAGGCACAGCAAGAAGCUGAACAAGGACGGGAAGCAGAACCACGUGAGUUUUCCGGAGUUCCAGCAGAACGGAAGCGCCAAACAGUUCUGUCACGAUUACAUAAGUGAGGUUCUGAAUGAGGAUGAUACAGAACCGAAAUCUAGUAGGGAAGAAUGGGAUAGUCCAAUUACCUUUACAGCUAAGUCAUCUCCAAGCACUGGGACAGACGUUAGUGGAAGUCUCGCUAGUCAAUUAGUUCCGCUGGUGGGACCAAACGUAAAAAAAACGACAGCUGUCGAGGGCAGCCUCCCUUGGCGCAGGCAUCUCAAGAACAUAUGCAUUACAGACGAGAGCAUUUUCUCUGAUCCUGGAAAAAGAAUGUCGAGAGGAUCUAUUGACGCAGGAGAUCUGAUGCGAGUAACUACGCCUACCGCUACCGAAACCAUGCUGCCAUGGAAACGGGAAGAAGAAGAAGGGUCGGUGCCUCUCCAACAGAGCGAAUUCCCUGCCUGGGCGUCGAACAAAGAGUACCUUGCCUACAACUCGCCCUCCGCCACGUUUUUAGGUGGGCUGGAAAAUCCCCGCUCCUCGGUAAUAGGCCUGUUCCGUCGCGAGAGCCUGGGCUCGGAACAGCACGCCAGCAGUUCGGAAUCCACGCCUCAAAGGGAGCGCCGAGGUUCCGCGGGACGGAACGCUGUGCUGCUGAUAGAAGACGGCGAGACGGACCCCCUGGGCGUCCUCCAGAAGCAGAUGUCCAUCCCCCCUCUACCCCAGCCCCCCCAAACGCCGGGGCAACGGAGGCCGCCCCGACGAGGUUCCAUGCUAGAGCUUAGCGGAUCAAUUAGCAGGGAUACAAUUCCUGAGGAAUCUUUCGGAACGUCAUCACUGAGGAGGCCGUCUUGGUUGACGCAGUCUAAUCAGAGGCGGUUCAGCAUUCCAAGGCAGCACACCCUGGGGGCAUCCUUGAUGGACAACGUUUCGUCGCCGUCUCCGACGCCGUCAGGCAGCUCGGGCGAGGACGAGGACGAGGACGUCGAAUGCCUGAUGAAAGCCGGUUUCUGA